CCCAAAACAGUUCAGAGACAGCUGCUAUUCAGCUGCCAAGAAUUUGCACCUCAGCGGCCUAGAGAGCAUUAUCCCUCAGCUGGCCUCUCUGGUGAGGUAAGAGGCGGAGUUGGCCGGCUUUUUUCCUGCUGUAUCCGCUCAUCCAAGGUCUCCAUUGGGUAAGGCCCUUUGGGGCCAGGAUAUAAGAGAACGGAUCAGUUGUCCCUCACUCCAGUGCUGAAGCAAAAGUCCCAAGCCGCAACCUCUUAAAACGGACCAGUGAGCAGCAGUUCAGUAGUCAAAGCUACAGGUGACUGGAGGGAGGAAACAUUGAGUUUUAAAAGAAAUAUUUCCAAUCUUCCCUCCCUGCCUUAGAGUCGGGGAAAUGCGAUUUUUAGAGAAACUACGCGACUCCACGGGAGUGAGCACGGCCCUGGAGCCCGAGAAGGCAGCUGUGGAUUUCGUGUCCAAGAGCCCGGCAGUGUCUCCGUUCUGCAACGUGCUCACUCCGGGGCGCAUCCCGGCUUUCUGCAUCCCACCCCGGCUACCUUCCCACGCCGUUCCUGCUUUCCAGCCUCUUGACUCCUCUACCUCCACUCCCCGACGUUGCACUGUGGAACCUGACAUGUGGUCUCACAGUCAGAACUCAAGCAGCAGCACUGGGCAGGUGGCGCUGCGGCCAGCGCUUGUGGGAGCCAGGAAGGACCCAGACCUCACCGACUGGGACCCGCGCUCGCAGGCUGCCCUCUCGCUGCCGCACCUGCCGCGCCGGCCGACCUCGUAUGGCUUCUGCGCGCUGCUGGAGAGCCCGAAUACCCGCCGCAAGGAAUCCCUCUUCCUCGGGGGCUCUGCAGCCACUGCCGCCCUUGUCCUGCAGUCCCCGCGGCCUCGGGCUCACACCUACUGCGGUGGCGGCGGCACCAACGCUUCCUAUAACCCACGUGGGCAGAGGGGCAUGCCAGGCGGCCCCGACACUGCCUCUUCCUCCUCUGUCAGCUCAUCCCCCUGCGCUUCCCCGCGGUCCCGGGACGCUCCCGCCCCUUGCUCCCGGAGCCGUCCGCGCUAUCGCCGCCUCCUUCAGGCCCCGGACUCGCUCUUUGGCCGGGCGCUGCGAGUUAGUGGGAGCCGCGUUCUGGCCCGGGCCCGCUCAGUCUCCAGCGCUGAAGAUGAUGAUGAGGACUAUGAUGCCGUCCGGGACGCAGGUCGCGUCACCCUGCCAGCCACCUGCCAGCCCGACUCUGCUCGGGCACGGGCUCCAUCCCCAACCCCGUCCCCAUCCCCUCUGGGCCCACAGCAGGAACGCCUGGAGGUCGAGACCACCGUGGCCCUGGACCACGACGGCGGGGCCCUGCACUUGGCGACCAAGUACUGUCCGGUGUCCCGGCGGCUGCGCAUCCGCCUGCUCAGAGCCGAGGGUCUCUACAGCCGCACCACUGAGCCGGGGGCCAUCGGCUGCAGAGUCAGCUUCACCUUGGUACCUCCCGGCAAGACGCGCAAACAACGCAGCGCCGUGGUCCGGCGGAGCCGAAAUCCAGUCUUUAACGAGGACUUCUUUUUCGACGGAUUGUCGGAGGACGACCUGCGGCGCACAGCUGUGAGGGUCAAGGCCGAGAACAAGGGCCGGGGCCUGGAGCGGGACCGUUUGCUGGGCCAGGGAGAGUUGGAGCUGAGAUCCAUACUUCUCUGACAGUGGCCCAGCUUCACUCCUCCAUUCCUGGUGCUUUCUGUUAACCCCAGGAGGCCUGGGCCCUGGCAGCUAUUUUGUAAAAAGAAAUAAAGUUUUAUUUAUUUUUA